AGGCGUGAAGGGCCAAUGGAAUGGAUUAGCCCUUCGGCGCGUGGGCAUUGCACACCGUCAGAAGAUAAAUUAAAAACAAAAAUUCAAGGCGUUGUAAUGUGCUCUCCUUUUAUUCGUAGGAUGCAGUCUAAUAACUUACCUGUGACUAGUCAAUUCAGAGAAAUCAUGGAAUGUCCUCUAAGCAACCCAGCUGAUUUGUUUCAUUCUGGGUGUAUUGUGAAAAUAUGUGCUCCUAUGGUCAGAUAUUCAAAAUUGGCUUUCAGAACUUUAGUCAGGAAAUACAGCUGUGAUUUAUGCUAUACUCCAAUGAUUGUUGCAGCUGAUUUUGUCAGAUCUGUGAAGGCUAGACACAGUGAAUUCACAACAAACCAAGGUGACCAUCCUCUGAUUGUUCAGUUUGCCGCUAAAGAAGCACAAGUUUUAGCAGAUGCUGCUUGUAUCAUCUCUCCUUUUGCAGAUGGCAUAGACCUAAACUGUGGCUGUCCACAGAGAUGGGCUAUGGCAGAAGGUUAUGGUGCUUGUUUAAUAAACAAACCAGAACUGGUGCAAGAGAUGGUGAGACAAGUAAGAAAUCGAGUGGAAAACUCCAUGUUUUCAGUAUCUAUUAAGAUAAGGAUACAUGGUGAUCUAAAAAGAACCGUAGACCUCUGUCAAAAAGCUGAAGCAGCUGGAGUGUCCUGGAUUACAGUCCAUGGGAGAAACGUUGAAGAGAGACACCAGCCAGUACACUAUGAUGCAAUUAAAAUAAUUAAACAGAGUAUGUCUAUACCAGUUGUAGCUAAUGGUGACAUGAAAUCUUUAAAAGACGUGGAAGAGGUUCAUCAAAUAACAGGAACAGACGGUAAGAACAAGCAUUUGGUUGAUAAGAUGACUUUUCAAUGGACAGCCGUUGCAGCCUUUCUGUAUGCUGAAAUAGCAAUAAUACUUAUACUCUGUAUACCAGUUAUUUCUCCCUUGAGAUGGCAGAAGAUUUUUUUUAUCCCUUUAUGGAGUAAAAUAGCAACUUAUUGGAACAAGGCAUUCCUUGCAAUUAUAGUUCUAUUAAUUGUUUUAUUUCUUGAUGCAGUACGAGAAGUGAGGAAGUACUCAAAUGUUAAUUUAGCUGGAAAAAGUACACAGUCAACUGCCAAUGCAUAUGAUCACAUUCAAAUGAAACUUUUUAGAUCACAACGAAACCUUUAUCUCUCAGGAUUCUCUUUGUUUCUUUGGCUCGUUCUGAGGCGUACCAUUUCCCUUAUUACUCUGCUGGCAAGUGAGAUGAGAACUCAGGAAGCUCUGGAAAUUCAAGUAGAAAAUACCAAUGCAGUUGCCAAGAAAAGCUUGGAAGAGAAUGAAAAAUUACUGCGAUCACUGAAGGGAAAAAAGAAUACUGAAACGGGACAGUUGAGUGAAAUAAUCAAUAAAAAGCUGAAGGAAGAAAUGGAAAAACUGAAAGCAGAGUUAAAUAAAGCCUCAAAUGCUCUCACCAAGACAAAAAGUGAAAUAACUGCUGUUAAGAAGCAGUCUGAGGGUCUUAUAAAAGAGUAUGGUGAUCUUGCUGAAGAACACAAAAACCUGCAGGAGAAUGCAGAUGAAAGACAUAAGAAAGUCCUAUAAAUGCACUACAAGGACACUGGUAUUCAAUAGAUCUGCAUCAACAUCGUCAUCAUUGUUUCUGUCUUUAUUCUCCAGAGUUAUAUGAAACAAAGCCAAUUUACUUUAAAGGGAAUGCACUGCAUUCACAGUGGAAAUUCUACAUGUAGUUGUUGGUUGCCAAACAUAUUUUGUGUUGCAGUGGAAAUAGUGGCCUGGAUCCAAAGCCCAACUUUAGGGCAUGCCUAAAGCCCAGUGGAAUUUUUGCCUUUUUCCAUUAGAACAGUAGAUUGCCAUAGCAGAUCACAAACUGCUUAUGAAACUCUGUUCCGUUUCAGAAGAGAUUGCCAUGUGCCAUGCAAAGCUGUUGUCUAAAAAACCAAAGUCCAUACCUCCCUUGGGCUCCAAGAACCAGUCCUAUGGUUCUUUGAAUCCAGGCCAGCAAGUAGUGUAUCAGAAGUGCACUGUGGAUUAUCCUAUAAGGAAACUGCAAAGCAUUUUAAAAUGGAAAAUGCCAUUUAGAGUAACCAUUUAGUUUUUAUCCAGUAUUUUACACUAAAAUUAAUUUUAAAAAAUGUUGGACAAUCACACACACCACCUGUUGCUUGUAGUGGAAAAGAUGUUUAAGUGACAUCAAACCAUGAAGUAGGUAACUCAAAGAAAAAGCAUAUUGGAAUAUGUGUUACCCAUAUGGAUAGAGUAAUUUGACAAUCAGGAGUCGACACCGCCUUGACAGCGCACUUUACCUUUAAAGUAUUAAAAUAGAUUUUAAAGACACUUUGCUUUUAAUUUACAUACAGAUAUCUUACAGUCCAUUACACUGUGUAGUUUGGGGUUUUCCUUUCCUUCUCUCUAAAAUUUCAUUACAGUCCAAAAUUUCUUGAUCACUUCAUGUAUUUCAGAACUUGCAUAUCUUUGUGAUUGGGUGUUCUUUGUGCAAUGGAUAAUACUUCUGGGAAACACUUUUAAUCUACAAAACAUUAUUUUUUUAAUGGUGGCAAAUAUUUGUAAAUGGCAUCCACAGUUUCCCUUUCUCUGGAGCAAGGACUCCUUGUUCUGGAGCAAGAGAAACUAUGGAUUCCAUCCAUUGUGUUUUUCCUAAUACCUUCAUUAUUUGCAACUACAAUAUUAAGCAUUUUUGCAUUGUUGAAUUGUUAAUAAAGGGAUUGUUUAAGCUUAGUUUUGUCCUUCUAGAUGUUUAACUUGUACAUCUAGUUCUUAUAAAAUUGGAAUUCGUGCAUAACAAACUGUUGCAUUUAUUUUGACAAGGAAUUCAGUUCCAUGUAUUACUAGUAGUGUUCAUGUAAAAUUGAUAUAAUUACAUCAGAAAUUGUUUGCAUAAAACUUUUAGUGUAAACCUACCUAUAGUAUAUUAUAAAAACUGAUAUUUUUGGAAUUCAGCUUCUGUAUACCAAUACCAAAAGUGCCUUAAGUAUUCAUAGAGUUUUGUUUAUAUGUAUCUGCGCUUUUGGGGGAAAUUGGGUUGUAGCCUGACCUUUCACAGAAUACAGCUUCAUCAUUGAAAGCGUCUUCUGCUUGCAGAAGGAGACUUGCACUUACAUGGGGCGGGGGGGGGUGUCUUUCCAUUAGUAGAAAGUGUCCUUGUGUAAGCACUGUUUUCCUCCUGCAAGCAGAAGGAGCUUCAUUCAUCCCAAUGUUCAUUGUGUCUCUGAAUUCUACAUUUUAGGUUUUUUUACUGGUUUUUUAACAUCUGAGGGGAAAAUUGAAAUCCAUUGCAGCUGAGUCUGAUUCUCUCUUAGAAACCUGCACCCAAUGUUAUAUUAUUUCAGCAUCAUUAUUUAGAACACUAGCAUGAGCCAAUUGUGCAUGCUCUCGACCCUAAUGUUCACCAUGUUCCUAUUAAAAAAAACACCUGUCAGUAAAGGAGGUGGCAGUUUUGAAAGAAUGACAAAUAUUACUGCAUUUGCCUCAUUUGACUUUUUUUGUGUAACAAAUAAAACUAUAUAUUAAAUCUCCAAUGCUGAAAAAUGGUCUGAAGUAUAAAGACAUCACAGGGAAUUUAGUAUACCUGUCGUGACCUUGGCUGCUAUUGGCAUAUCCUAGUUCUUAAAAAUGCAGCCCAAUAACAUUUUGGAUCCACUGUCUGCAUCUUUAGGAUGCCAGGAGCAUAUGCUUUGCAUUCAAGUUGUAGAUUCUGCCUUCCCAACAGAAUGUUCAAAGUUACAAGAGGAAGUUUCUAGUUAUCCUGUACACAAAGAAGAGAGCUGGGGAGUGGGAGGGUGCAAGCCACAGGCUUGUGCUGGCAUAGUCUCCUUGCAACAAGCCGUGGUUUGUUGGCCAUGUCUGAAGAUCUGGACAGAAUUGAUUCACUGUAAGAUAAAGUGUCCCAACAUGCACUUAUGAGGCAGGUUCUAGAAAACAUAGGAAGCAGAUUUGCAUCCAUCUUGAGAAAGGUCUGCAGAUUUUACUUAAGACAUACUGCAUAUCACUGUUGAACUACAUACAUCAAGGAACUUACAAUAACAUGACUAUAGCGAUGCAGUCAUGUUUCUGUAAGUUCCUUGAUGUAUGAUGAUGAUCCUGUUGUCUCGCCAAUGCUCUUUAUUCUACCUCUGGUUGUAUAUUUCCUAUUUGUUUCCUUCCUUGCACACGUGUACCACAUGCAUGUUUCUUGUUUCUCUGCUGCUUUCAAGAAUCUCCGGGUAGAAAACACCCUGCACUCAUCCAAAUGUUUAAGUUCUAUAUGCACUAUGAUGUCACUGGGAGGAACAGCCCUUGACUGAAAUACCCCAAGGGAGUACAAUUCAGCACCAACUCUAUAUUGGGUCAUUGCAUCUGACAGGCAUGUCUGAGCUUUGAAUUCUUAACUGUAGUUGUGAAUCUUGCCAUCAUCUCAUUGUCUAUAGCAUAGUAAACAUAUCUGCCAACUUUGUUUUAAUCUUAGUAUAGUAAAAAUGAAGAAUAAGGUAAUUAAAAAAUGUGACACUCAAGAGUUACUGAUUAUAAUAGCCAGUGUUGUCACAUAGGAUUGUAAUGUAAGGUUGUAAAAAGAACAUCUGUAGCAAAGGGAAUACUGUAUAUACUCGAGUAUAAGCCGAUCCGAAUAUAAGCCGAGGUACCUAAAUUUACCUAAGAAACCAAAAAACUGAUUGACUCGAGUAUAAGCCUAGGGUGGGAAAUGCAGCAGUUACUGGUGAGUUUCCAUAAUCAAAAUAAAUGCCAAUAAAAUGACAUUAAUUGAGACUUCAGUGGGGUAUAUUGUGACCAGUAUGUACGGUACUUUAUUACAAGGCGACAUUUUAGCAUGGGCAGAUAGAUGACUCGAGUAUAAGCCGAGGCUGAUUUUUUCAGCACAUUUUGGGUGCUGAAAAAUUCGGCUUAUACUCGAGUAUAUACGGUAAUCUCAGUUCUCUUUUGUUCCUCUCUGACACACACUUCAUUAGAGGGAUUAAAAUUAACCUGGAAACAGACUUACAGAAAACUAUUCCAAAUGAGCAGUGGAAUACUGUGGAGCAAGUUCCACAGGUUAUGGUUCUAAGUGCUUUCAGCUUCUAUACAGGUUAUUUCAUUUGGAAGAGUGAGUUUAAAAAAAAAAAUCAUAGAUAACACUUAACCCCACAGAGGUAAUAUCAGCUGUAUAGGGAUUUCUCCCCUAAUUGCUGGAAAACUUUCAAAACGAUAGGAUCGCUGUACAAGCAUGUGCUGGACUUCUAACCUUGUGCAGGAGUAUUGGGCCGGCAUUGUUGAAGGCAAAAUGAUCUUUAAUGACAAUGUCAGUCUAGCCACCAACUUGUUUUAUUAGGUUGUUUUAGGAUGAGCAUAAUACUGUGCAUAAAGAUUUUGCUGUAUAUUGCAUGCUGGGUGCCAGAUGAGAACUCUACUUUCAUUGGAAAAUACCUGCUCUUCCAUUCACAUGCCAGUGGUAUCCAAGAUUGUGGAGGCUAGCCCUUAUGAACAAGCUUAUCCUGCUGAUUUUAGAAUGCAGUGGGACUAAAGAAAUUAGGUUCCUUUAUAGAAAGGUGGCAUCUGAUUAUUUCCAACAGGUAUCCAGUAAUACAACUUUUCUGUUCAAGCUUCAUGUACAGAUGCACUCACCUUGCAAAACCCACUCAAUGGCUUUUCUGGAUGCUCCUUCCCUAGAUUGUUUGACACACUGCAGAUGCAAAAUGCUUUGUCUUUGUCUUGUAUGUAUCUGUUCUUAUUGUUUUGCUUUUAUUGAUUUAAAAAUGAAAAUGUUCAAUAAAAUAUGCACUUAAAAAAACAAGUGUUUGAUAAAGAUGUCAUAUUUCAAGAAAUGUUGCUAUAAUGGAGAAAUAAAGUUUUACUUUAAAAAUUA